AGGCUCAUCCGCUCGCCUCCCCAUUGACGUCAGUCCAGUAUCACAUGAACCGGCCGCGACCAAUCGGCGCGGCGCUGCUGGAGAGAGCUGGCUCAUUUACAGCAAGAUAGGGGGAAAAUACGGAAUAAAAGGAAACCGAGCCAGUGAGCCUGUAAUGAGCACAAAAUCCCACGGAGGAAGCAAGGACCGCGGCAACUGGAGCUUUCUUUCCUUUUCGUCUUUCUUUCUGCUGCUGGAUUAUUGGUUUUGGCUCGGCGGCUGACCAAAUGGAUAAGGCCAUGGCCUUAACAUAUUGAAUCGCUCGCUCAUCGGCAGCGGAGGGGAGUCGAGACGGGUACCGUGGACACAUUUCACGGAGCAGGAAAAUGGUGGAUUGUUUACAGUGUAUCGUAAAAACCUUCCCCAGUGUGGAUAUCCUGCCAUAAACGUGUUGGAAGACUCUCCGGUCUCGACCUCGUCUCUCUCCAGCAAUUAGUCGUGUUCUCGCCCCACUAGGUGUCUUGCGUGGGUUGUCUCCUUGUGUCGAGCGAACACCCCCACUCUUCUCCUUUCGGGAAAACUGUUGGAUUACCAAAUUAUGGAUUUCAACAGCGCCGGCGGAGGCAACGAGCUGCACAACAACCAGUUUUAUCAGUGCGAGGAGAGCAAGCCUUUACUGGGGGACAUGACAGAGGGGAAUAAUAACGUCAAAGUUGCCGCGGGGCCGUGUAAAAGGAGCCUUCAACACUACAGCAGCAGCGGGAUGCGCUACAAGCUGCUCCACGAGGGUGACAUCCAGGUGUGCGUGGUCAAACACCCGCGGACCUUCCUGAGCAAGAUUCUCACCUCCAAGUUCCUGCGAAGAUGGGAGCCGCAUCACCUCACGUUGACGGACAGCAGCCUGACCUCCGCCACUCCCACUGGUUACAUGGAGACUUCAUUGUCCUACAGUGCCAUUGAGGACUUGCAGCUGCUUUCAUGGGACAAUGCACCAAAGUACUGUGUCCAGCUCAGCUUCCCUGGUGGCACAGUCCUGCUUCAGGCUGCCAACAGCUAUUUAAGGGACCAGUGGUUUUACUCCUUACAAUGGAAGAAAAAGAUCUACAAAUACCGCAAGGUAUUAAACAAUCCAAGCCGCUGGGAUGUAGUGCUGAAGGAGAUCAGAGCUCUCGUAGACAUGGCUCUGACCUCACCGCUACAAGAUGAGUCUAUUCAUCAGGCCCCUCUACAUAUCAUCUCUACUUUGCUGGCUGAGAACUCCAAUCUCAGCACACAGGAUCACGAGAACAUCAUUGUGGCAAUUGCACCUCUUCUAGAAAAUAAUCACCCACCCCCUGAUCUUUGUGAGUUCUUCUGUAAGCACUGUCGUGAACGACCACGUUCCAUGGUUGUUAUAGAAGUGUUCACUCCUGUGGUCCAGAGAAUCCUCAAACACAACAUGGAUUUUGGAAAGUGUCCUCGACUGCGCCUUUUUACUCAGGAGUACAUCCUGGCCCUGAAUGAACUAAAUGCAGGAAUGGAAGUUGUCAAAAAAUUUGUUCACAGCAUGCACGGGCCAACAGGGCAGUGCCCUCACCCACGUGUCCUGCCAAACCUGGUUGCAGUAUGCCUAGCUGCCAUUUACUCCUGUUAUGAGGAGUUCAUUAACAGCCGAGACAACUCUCCUAGUCUGAAGGAGAUUCGAAAUGGCUGUCAGCAGCAGAAUGACCGAAAGCCUCCGAUGCCUCUCCGCCUUCUGCGCCCGGAGCCUCCGACGCCACCUUCUACCACUUUGCUCCCCCUCUCCUCCAACCCAAGUCCUCCUCAGCCACCUCCUCCUGUGCCCCCAAAUCCUCCACAAUCAAUCCCCAUAUGCUCCCCAACAUCAAGCCUACCCCUCUCUCCUCCUCCAUCUGUUGUCAACUCCAAUGAGAUUUUAGUGGAGUUGGAGAGAAACAAUAAUUCAGCCAACACAAAGCUGAAAUCUGAACACGGCAGUGAACUCAACCUCAUCGACUGCCUACUAGUCAGCCCGGCUGUCAACACUCUAUCCAUCCAGCUACCUGCACAGGCAGACCGUGUACUCGGCUGCUUCGCGCUUAUCCUGAAGAUGCUGUCGGAUUAUGACGACUGGAGACCUGCGUUGGCCAGCCUUUUGCAGCCCAUCCCUUUUCCAAAAGAGGCUCUUGCACAUGCCAAAUUUACCAAGGAAUUGAAAUAUGUCAUUCAGAGGUUUGCGGAGGACCCUAGGCAGGAGGUCCAUUCCUGCUUACUGAGCGUGCGUUCAGGAAAAGAUGGCUGGUUUCAGCUCUAUAGUCCAGGAGGGGUGGCCUGUGAUGAUGAUGGAGAACUAUUUGCUAGUAUGGUUCAUAUCUUGAUGGGCUCCUGUUAUAAGACAAAGAAGUUCCUCCUUUCUUUGGCGGAGAACAAGCUUGGCCCCUGCAUGCUCUUGGCCUUGCGUGGGAACCAGACAAUGGUGGAGAUUCUGUGUCUGAUGUUGGAAUACAACAUCAUAGAGAACAAGGACACCCAGCUGCAGAUCAUCUCUACCCUGGAGAGUACCCACGUGGGCCUGCGAAUGUACGAACAGCUCUGUGACCGACAGCGAGAACUCAAAGAACUGCAAAGAAAAGGAGGCCCCACCCGCCUGACUCUCCCCUCCAAGUCUACUGAUGCAGACUUGGCUCGCCUGUUGAGUUCAGGUUCUUUUGGGAACUUGGAAAAUCUCAGCCUGGCCUUCACCAAUGUCACCAGUGCCUGUGCCGAGCAGCUCAUCAAGCUGCCUUCGCUCAAACAACUUAACUUGUGGUCAACUCAGUUCGGGGAUGCAGGACUGCGGUUGUUGUCAGAGCACCUGGCUUGCCUUCAGGUGUUGAACCUGUGUGAGACACCUGUCACUGAUGCUGGUUUAUUGGCGCUAAGCUCCAUGAAGAGUUUGUGUAGUCUCAACAUGAACAGCACCAAGCUUACAGCUGACACAUAUGAGGACCUCAAGGCCAAACUGCCCAAUCUGAAAGAUGUGGAUGUUCGGUACACAGAAGCCUGGUGAUCGACUGUGCUCACAUAGCCUGUAUGGAUAGUCAGACUCACACGGGAAGCAUACCCACUCUGAAAACAGUUCACAACGUUUGUCUUUAGACCAGGAUUCUCAGACGGCAAUCAUCAGAAUCAGCAUACUUGGACAUGCGUAGAUACAAACGAGAUACGUACACAUACGUAGAUACACAUAUUCGUAUGUGGGAGGUUCCAAUUUUUUCACAAAAAGAAAGCUUUAUGGACCUUGUUGCUCCCCUUGCUACUGCUGUCAAUGUAUAGUGGACCCUUUUUUGCUAAUGUGAUCAGAGGACAUUCAAAGACCUGCUAUACUGUAACAAAACUGAUAUUUUCCUCCCUAUAUCCUUCCUGUAAUAUGUUGACGGAUAUGUAAUGUUUCUCAAUUGGUCCAAAUUCAGCACUGGUGUUUUGUGGAAAAGAGCGAUGCCCCCUUUGACUUACAGUCUGUUUUUUUUUUUUUUUUAAUCUCAUGUGAUGAAGUGCUUACAUUCCAGCUCUUCUCUGCCCUAAUCGAAGAUGUAGCUUUUCAAAGACUUCUUUUACACUUAAUCACCUCAACCAAUUUUCAUUCUCCAGAAUUAGUUCCCAGUGCCACUUCCCGCUUUUCCAAGACAUGGGUUUGUUGCAAACAGUGCUGCCUUUGUGAGUUGUAAGACUGUGCCUCCUCAUCAUUUACGAACGUACGCAAAGGCAAGACAAAAUGGUUUUUACCUGCUUAAAUGAACAUAUUUUUCCAGGUAUCUGCACUUUCGUAAGAAGAACACCUGGGAUUUGAGAAACAUUUUAGGAUCUUGGUAGGAGAAUUCAACAGUGAUGGUCAAAUGUGUCCCUUUUUAAUUUGUCAGUGUACAUAACGAUCAGCUCCCUUUACUAUUUAAUAGGACUUUUGUGUAGCAGUAGCUGGGCGGUCUGGGACUGCCUGUUAUUUAUAAGCCUCUUUUACUCUCUGGGAUUUGACCCUUGCAGAAUAGAUGUUUUUUUUUUUUUUAAUUGUUUGAUUGUUUUUGACCCGUAACACAAGAAGCCAAUUUAAAGCGUACGCAUACUUGGGUCUCUCUCUAUUGUACUAUGCUAUAGCGGUCGUAGAGAUCAUUUACACCUGUAUACGAGACCCAUCACCAGCUAAGAGUUUGUAUAUUUUCAUAUGCUGUGCAUUUUGGGCCCUAUUGUAGACUGUUGGACACAGAGAGAGGACACUUGCCAAACAUCCAAUUUAUUUUUGUGUUGUUGCCUCAAGCCAACAUGAGCUUAUCCCACCAGGCUGGUGAAGCAGAUCUUGUGGUGAGCUAUAUGUGCAAACUGCCCAGCCAAGGUUACAAUUCAGAUGUUUUUUUUUUCUCCUGCUGUAUUUAAAUUGGUGAUAUUUCUAAAGUUAUUUGUAAAUGAGAUGUUGGGACACAAUUCAUGUAUAUAUUAUUGAGGUGAGCUAUUAAGGACUGUACGUCUUGGGGAGAACGGCAACUUUUGGCCAUAAUUGUCCUACUACAUUCCCUCAAAUUGUCGCCAGUGUACUCUGGCAACAUUGCAUUAUACAGAGUGUUGCCCCGCCUCACUGAAAGUACAGCCAGUCGUGUGUUGUGUAUGUGGCUCCACAUCGAGACAAAACAAGACAUGUCCACCUAGCAAGUGGUUUGCUUGAAAUGCAUCUAUUUUCUUUGUGCGCGCCACCCGCAGGAAUGCUCCGCACUGUAAAAAAAAAAAAAAAUUACGGUAAAAUACUGGAAGCUGUGGUCGUCCGAAUUUUACCGUUGAUAAAAUGGGAACGCCAUUAAAUUCUUGUAAGAAAAAAUGGUUUGGUGCUUUAAUAACUAAAUUCUAUUCUUUUUUUUUUUUUUUUUAAUCACAGUUGAAAAAAAUAUUUUACAGUGAUUCAUAUGUAAUCAGUCUUGAUGGUGAUGUCGCUGCACGUUUCUCGUUCUCCCUCCUUUCAACCGGGAUUCAAAACCACAUCAUCAUCGUGGCAGUCGAGCGUGCUGACUACUGUGCUAGUAAAGGAGUGUUGUAUGUGUAGGUUAGAAACACCUUACUCCUUCAGAAUUUAAAAGCACGAGCUGGUGGCUGAAGCUAAUUUGGUCUUUUGUUUUAGUGAUCAGCAUGCUUGAUUGCCAGGUGACAGUGAGAAUUUGAACCCCAGGUAGAGGGAUUGAGAAAGGGGGCGCAAAAAAUUCACUAUCAGGUUACACAUACAUACUUUUUACAGUUGUUUGCUGUAAAAUCCCAGUUAAAAUAUAGUUCUUUUUUACUAGGGAUGUCCUGAUCACAAAUUUUUCCAUAUGAGUCGAGCCCCAAGUCAACUGAUUUUGAGGAUCUGCCGAUACAGUCCCAAUGCAAUACCUCGGAAAUGUAUCGUGAAGGGAAAUAUAGCACAUCCAAAAGAUUUUUUUUCACCAAUUUUAACAAAGCUGUCCAACAUCACAGUCACAUUAUAGUUUUAUUAACGAGUUAUUAACUAGUGUAAAUGAAUAUACAAUGAUCCCUCGCUAUUUCGCGCUUCAAACUUGGCGCCCUCAGUCCAUCGUGGAUUUUUUUUUUUUUUUCAAUUAAAAAAUAAAUACACGAGCUGUCUCAAGCUGAUGACGUAGUGUUUCUCUCCUUCCUGCUGCUCUUUGUUGGUCAGGCAGUGCACGGGAGUUGCUUAUUAAAGUUAAUAAUGAUCGACAGACAUUUAAUGUUUGAUCUUAAAAACGCCGUAUACGUCAAUCAUCGUUUAAUUUGUUAAACAGUUGCUGUGUCAACUUAUUGUGUGACUCACUCAAUUAAGCAUUUAAUAAAGAUCGGCAUUUUUCUACUUGUUUAAAAAUAAUUCAGUGGGACAGUAACAUGUUCUCAUUGUAGAUGCUAUAAUGCAUAGUUUUUUGUAGUUGUUGUCUUAACUUUUGUGAUUUCCCAUAUCAUUUUUACUGUAUGUCAUAUCCAGAGGUGGGUAGCAACGCACUAUAUGUAAUCCGUAGCCAUACUUUUUACUUGAUUAGAAUUGUAAGAAAAAACACUACUCUUACUCCGCUAAUUUGGGCUACACAAGAUUUGUGAAAUUUUUCCUCCUUUCCUUCUACAUAUUAGAUUUAUUAUUAUUAUUAUUUUUGCUAUCGAUGCGAGAGUAGCGCUAUCAAUUUCACCAAUGAGACGUCGCAGCAAUAAUCACAUGACUCCAUUACACCAAUCAGACACAAGCUUGGCAUUCUAUGAUCACGCAAGCCUGUUAAAUCAUGCGUGUUUAAAGCACCAUAACAAAUGAAGUAUUUGACAUAGAGUGCUGAUUUAAAACUCUCUCCCAGUUUUUAUUUGGCACCAAUUGGCCACGGAAAACCGGAGAUAUGAUCGUUUUAAUUUCAUAAUACUAACUGAAGAAACCAUUAUUUACUAUUCAAACUAGGAACUAUUUUCUCCACUAGAUGGCAGGGCACUCUUGCUCUUUUGGUGAAUAAUGCUUUAAUGCUGUUUUUUUUUUUCUUUUUUCUUUCCUUAACGAUAUAUUUUUUUAAUUUCUUUGGCUUAAUGUGGUUACGUAAUGGGUUAUUGUACAGUAUCGUAACAACAGUUGAUAUAGAUAAAUUUGUGCUAAGAGAAAAAAAUAUCAUUGAUUUAAAAACAAAACAAAAAAAAAACAGAAAUAAGCAGUUACUCGUCUCGAGUAUUCUUUUCACUGGAUACUUUUUUACUUGAGUACAUUUUUUGGAGGACUACUUUUACUCCUACUUGAGUAAUGUUAUUUUGAAGUAACGCUACUCUUACUUGAGUAAAAUUUUUGGCGACUCUACACACCUCUGGUCAUAUCUGUUAAAUAGAUUGAAAAUCCAGUACAAAAUACGGGAAAGCCCUAUGAGUUGACAGGUAAAAUAGUGUAAAACGAAUUGUAUAUGUAUUUUUUGCAUUAUACCUCAGGACUAUUUUGUUGCUUAUAGCUCUAAACUAUUUCACUGCCAUUGACAGUUAUAGACAUCAAAUCCAUUUCAAUUGUAAAGGCUGGCAUAAAAAUAUUUAUGGGGGGGAAUCUUUUUUACCCAAUUCCGAUCCUCUGAAAAUUAAGUGAUUGGGCCAGAUUUCCGAUGAUGAAGUGAUCAGAUCAAGGACAUCCCUACCUUUUACAAUUGUGUGUUGAUAAUUUGACAGUAAACUUUAUAUGGUUUUCACAUUUAUAUCAAUAUUUUUAAUGGUAGAAUUUUGGCAAUGACAGCUGCUAAAUUUAAAGUGUGUUUUUGGUUUUGUUUUUUUUUUAAACCAUUAUAUUUUGGUGCGGGUUACAGUGCAGAGCAAAAGUUACUUCAGAAAAUAGGAUGUCAUUCACUGCAAGCCUUUUACUCUACUAUUUAUUGGGUGAAGUACGGUUUUCUGUUUGGUCAGUAGAUUUGGGCCAUCCUCAUCCUCCCAAACUGUCAUAUCCUGUAUAAUGUACAUACAACUGUAUAUAGUCUUUUUGUUUCUUUCUUGUAUUGGAAUAAUUUUUAAUGCCUACUUUUUCUUCUCUGUAUUAAUCUUGGCCGUCCUUUAUCGGUGGGCUGGUGUUGCCUUCAUUUAGCGGUUUGUGUGUUUAUUUUUGUUGUUGUUGUUGUUGUUCUUUUACACAAAGUGCACUGUAAUCGAAAAAAAAAAGUUUUUAUUGCAUAAUAUUUUUAAGUUUCCAGUUUUACUGAUUUGAUGACAUAAAUGAGAAGGUGGUUUUGUUUUCAGGGUUGUUUUGCAUGUACAUGUCUCUACAUCUGAUAUUUUCACUUUUGUUUGUUUUAUAUAAUGGUUGAAAUUGUGAUAAAGGGUCUAAUCACUAUCUGAGGUGAUGUACUGAUAUAGAACAAUCAGGUUUCGGGGUUAUUUUUGCAUCCUCUUGUAAGCCUUGGCGCAUAUCGCCAUGUAUUGUAAUUAGCGUACAGUAAUUAUUUUACCUUUUUUUGUGCAUAAUCUAAUACUGUAUCGUAUAAGUGUCCCAAUCAAAAUUUUUACAAAACAAAAUGACCACUUAAUAGAGGAAUAAAAGGUCAUUCAACGACUACAACCACUGCUUGUUGCCUGCUAUUUGCAGAUCAACACAGGUUGUCCAUUUUGGACAUCUACAAGCUAUCGAUUGACCUUUCGCAAAAGCUCCUUACUUACAGUUGCUAAACCGACAAGCUUCGUGACUUCAACAGCACGGCAGCAGACGUAUACCAACUGUUCUAAGUGAUUUAUUUUGGAGUAAUACCAGCACAACAUCCUCCAGAUUGAGGCAAAAGGGUUUACAAAUAAGCAGCUGAGGGUUAUAUUAUUGUUAUUAUUAUUUUUAAUUGUAGCAAGCUAUCAAUGCAAAAGCAUACAGGUUUAACAAUUACAGCAAAGCUAAAGGCUAAAUGCUAGGGUAAGAGGUUAGAUACUUAGGUUUCCAUUCACAAAAUGUUUCAUGAAAAAUCAAAAUAAGUUCAAGGUCCUUAUUAGGAUGCUGUUUACUCAAAAACAGGCAUCGCUUUAAUGUUAGCGCACUCAUAGGACAGACUGCGAACAAAGACAAGAACUAACUUUAGCUACUGUGACAGCUAUAUUUAGAUGUUAUAGCGAUUACAUCCUAGUAAGACAUAAUAUUCGAUAACUAUAACUUUGAUAUCCAGUUUUGUGAAUGUUUUGGCCUCGACGUGCAAGUUAGGCAAGACAGCUCGCUAGUUAGCCUCUGCCGUUAGCUUAAUCUUCCCUUAAAGGGAACCACGGCUAGAAGGACAUGUAGUCCUUAAAAGAUAAAUCUUAGUACGAGUUAUAAUAAUUUGGUAUUAAAAACCCUCUUAAUGUUUUCGUUCCAAUAACAUUUGUAAAAUUAUUUUAACUAUUAGGGUGCCAUUUUUGUUGACGUCGCAGGGCGAUGACGUCACAUACUCUUUUUUUUUUUUUUUUUUUAAAGUGUCACUCUUUAAUUAUAUAAGGUGUCAAUGGCGAGUUUUAAAUGAAUUAAGGAUCAAGCCAAUGAGUGCGUUUUGUCCCUUGACUGACGCUGUACCUUUCCUUUAAUCCACAGUGGGGUGUUAGGCAGAGAGAAAGGAGCGUGGACAAAGACGUCCGCGCGGUUUGUUGGCAUAAGCUUCGUCAACUCCUUCACAACAAACAUAAGUAUCAUAUAGUGAAAAUAAAACAAAAAUAAUAUAUCUCUCAAAAAUUAAUGUUCACAAAAAGAAAAGUGCUUCAAUCUGCAUUAAUGAGGCCCUAUUCUCACACAGUUAACAAUGCAAAGAGAACUGGCAUUCACAAAUUCACAAUCAAAAUAGAUAUGCAAAAUACACAUAAAACGUACUCAGACUUUGGUCAAACUCCAUCUAAACAUUUUAGCAACUUGUUUAGCUCAACAAAUACACUGGAUGGCAAUAUUUAGUCACAAUAUACAAACUAUGACGAUGGGAGCCAUUAUCAGGAGUCUUGUUUGUUGUGAAGACAACAGUCAAAUGAACGUAAAUCACAAUGGACCCGCACUAAACAGAAAACUAUGGCGUCAGUCGAGGGACAAAACGUACUCAUUGGCUUGAGCUCUUAUUAAUUCAAAACUCGCCAUUGACACCUUGUGGUGUAUUUAAAUGACUACCUUACAUAGUUAAAGAGCGACACUGUGAAGUACCGCAGCGUGGCCCUGUGACGUCACCGCCCUGCGACGUCAACAACAAUGGCGGGCUACUAGUUUAUUUUUUGACCUAAAAUUUUAGAAAUUUAAUUAAAACGAAAACAUUACCAGGGGUUUUAAUAUCAAAUUAUUAUAACUUGUAGUAACAUUUAUAUUUUAAGAACUACAUGUCUUUCUAGCCGUGGUACCCUUUAAGACAGUGCUUCUCAAUUAUUUUCUGUUAUACAACCACAAGGAAGACGUAAACAUUUCGUGUCCCACCAAUUCUCUGCCACCACUGUAAAUAGUAUCCUUGGUCUAUAAAGUUUUUAUUAUAAGUACACCGCUUUAUAAUAUUGCAUCUUUUUUAAUAUGAAGGUAAAACAGUAAUUUAGUUUGACUUACAAUAAAGUAUAACUUUAUUAAAAUAUUAUCAAUUAAAGUAUAACGUGUUUUGUUUGUAAAAAAAAAAAAAAAAGACAACACAUCAAUUCGCCUGAAUUGGGGGGGGUGGGGGGUGUCACAUCCAAACUGUAAAAAAUACACUGAAGGUAUAUUUUUUUGACAAUUUGGUACUGAAAAAUAAAGUAAAAUCAAUGAAUAAUAAUAAAUUCAAAUUGAUUAGCAACAUGAACUCAUAAGGACAAUAUGCCAAACAAUUCGACCGAAAAAACUAAAAUUAAUAGAGCAAAAAUGACCGUGUCAUUGGACAGAGGAACAGUUUUUAUUUUUGCUGCAGGCAGUAUCAGCUCCUUUGCUAUGUAUAGUGUGGGGUUAUUUUGUACUGAGAAACAGACAGAACGGCAUUCAUACUGAUAUAUUCCUGGGCUACCUCGCGUCUAUUUUUGAUAAUACAUAGACGCAUCGCUUCAUCAUUUUGCACGUCUGCAGAAUGUUGUUCAAUUUUGUCUUUGAAAUUACAUGGCAGUUGGUGAUCUUAAAACCAUCAAAUCAAUCAAUUAGGCAAUGGGGUAUCCAGUAGUUUGGCAGAUCUUGCUCCUUUAACACAAUCUCUAGGACAUAUGAUUGGUCGAUGGCCGUUUCGGAGGCGGAGCUUGCGAAAGGUCAAUUUGGAUUUAGAUUAUUGUGUUUCUAAUCCCAUUAUUUUUUUCAAUUUUAGUUUGCUUGGUUGGUUGCUUACUCUCACGGUUUAACCUUUGCUGCAGCUUUGCUUGCAUAAAAAAUAAAGAGCAGCCAAAAUUUACAGUGGUGCCUACUACUGGAAAUUAGUUUUACUGUUUGUUAUUUUUUUUAUUGCUAUAGUUUGUUUGUUUUUUUGUCUUUUAUUGUAAUCAUUGACAUUUAAAUGAGUGCUGGUUAUUUGAAUUAAAGCAAGGCAUAUUUUUUCAGCCUUGCAUUAACACUUGCAUUUCACUGCAAGACAGUAAACAGUACAUUAUGCUAAAUGUUCACCUCAAACUUUGCUCCUUAUAACAUGUUAUUGUUUUAUUUCUUGUUUCCACUCCUAACAAAUAGCAAGUUUUUACUUUUAGGAAAUUCUGUGCAGUUUUGUUUUGAUCAUGAAAUGGAAAAAAAAUGUUCAUAUCUGACUGAAAACUCCUGAAUUUAUUUUAGCAUUUUUCUUUCCUUGUAUUUUGGGGUAGUGGGGGUGGGGGUCAGCUGGAAAAGGUGCCCAUCAUAUUUUUUAGUCUUUCUCAGCAUUGAUAUUAUUAUGACUAUUAUUAUUAUUGCUGCUACUGUCCUGUGGCUGUAAUAAAAUACAAAAGAUCUUCAACAUGAUGUGAAAUAAUUUAAAACAAAAAUAAAUUGUCUGUGAAUAUGUUGGAUUUGUUGGUGUUGAUAUUUUGUUACAUACAAAACUUGAAACGCGCUCCACUGGAUUUGCACAUAACAUUCUAUUGCAAUUUGAAAAUAUACAGUAUAUCACAAAAGUGAGUACACCCCAGACAUUGCGCUAGACUUUUUCGUUGUCUGUCAUUUUGACUGACAGGGUCAUAAAAAUCCGGUCAUAAUCUAUUUUUACCCGACACUUAAAUUUUUAAAAUGAUGAUAAUGACAUUGUAGUGACCCUUUGUUUGGCAUAAUUCACCUUCCGUACUUGUGUGUCCAUUUGGCCGAGCGCGUUAGCGGCUACGACACAGUCAGGUGACAGAGACACUUAAGAGCCGCGCGCGUUCCGGCUUGAAUAGGGAGUUCACAGAGAGCAGCAGAGCUACAGCGGCUGGACACAGCAAUUCGAGCUAACAAGACUCUUAACAUUGCAUACCGCUUCAACAUAUUCAAUAGUAUUGAGUUUUCAUUCAUUUUAAAUUAAUAUUCCGUCCGAACAAGCUUAACAGAGAAUCCACACCGUGCCAUCACACAUCAAGCAGAUGAAUAUGUAACUUUUUCUCCGCAGUGACAAAAACAGCUGACUGUGGCCCCAGUAGGUAGGCUACAUUAUGGAACAAUGAAAUUAACAGUUCACCUGCUGUGGCCUGAACGGAGUCUUACACCUUCCUCCUGGUGCGCAUGGACUUGAAUUGCGUGCCCGCUUGUGCAGUCCCUGUUUUUUCACCUGUUUUAUCAACACCAUCGUCGUUUUGGGGCUUUUUGAAGAAACUUCGGACACUCAGUUGCCUUGACAUUUUUCAGAGUAAGGCCAACGACGUCAUGCAUCAAGAGAGACAAUAGCUAAUUAAUAUGCUCACUCGCCACCCUGUGGUCUGGGGUGUGAAUUGCAACCUGUCAAAAUGACAGGUGGACUUCAGUUUUUUCCGUCACCGUUUUAAAAAUCGGUCAACGACGGAAAAUAUUCGGUUAACGCGACCCCUGGGCCACUCCUUGGAUUUCUGCA